AUGUUACCGUCUUCGCUACACUUCGACUUUCGUCGAAUGGUAUAUAUUUUACCCUUGUUAUGGGUUGUUGUUUUGAGACUCAGUGUUGUCCAUGCUCAGAACGACUCGUCCAUAGUGUCGAACUCACUUUGUAUUCUACAAUGUCCUUCUGGACACCACUGCUUUAACAGUACCGUAGUAACUACGGCCAUAGAGUUGGGUCACAACGGCCAUAUUUGCACAACUGCGGGUGAAUGUUACGGAGAGAGUGACCCGUUAGGAUUUCUUCCCGGGCCAAGACAAAAACCUCAAACAGUUGUGUAUGGAGAUACUGUUGUCAUUAAACCAAAAGAGAUUGGGGUAAAUUUCCUCAAUGUGUCCAGAGACACCUUCCAUAACUGUGACUCAGGUGGACAACUUUUUCAAAAUUUUACUUCAUCUCAAUUCCAAAUUCCAUCAAAGUAUUUAACUCCACCAGGGAUCAAAUAUUUUAUUGCAAAAGAUGCUCUUUUUAGUUGCAGUUUUGGCGUUAGACUUGAGCUAUAUGUGCGCAGUCGUCAACAGCCAAACUGUACCAAUCCAGCCUUGCCAAACCUGGGUGUCUGCAGUGGAGUAGGUCUUUGUAGCAGUGCCAGUCAGACCUUUUUUACCCGUGAUUAUACAUGUGUUUGUUGUGAUGCAUACAAAGGGAGAUACUGCGAGGAACUUGACAGUUGUCACCCAAGUAGAAAUCCAUGUAAAAAUGGUGCAACAUGUACAGAUAUCAAAGAUGGCAUUGCUGAUAGUUUCAAUUGUACGUGUAUACCUGGAUACACGGGAACUUUCUGUGAAACAAAUAUUGAUGAAUGUAGCUCCAGUCCAUGUGUCAAUGGAUUCUGUGUGGAUUACAUCAAUGCUUACUCAUGCUUGUGUGACCCAGGAUUUAAUGGCCCAAACUGUCAUGUUGCCAUUCCAGACCUAUGUGCCAAUAACCCAUGCAAAAAUGGUGGAUCAUGUGAACGAUCUGGAACUAAACGUCAAAACUACACUUGUACUUGUCUCCCUGAUUUUACUGGACGAAACUGCACAGAAAAUGUCACUAGAUCAUCAAGUCUGUCAACCUCUACAAUGCUUUCUAAAACAAGUAUAUCGACAAUUGUGUUUCCUACUUCAUUUAUUGGGAAUUUUAGUUUUGUUAUGCAAAGUGUUUCCUCAUCUGUAGUUCAUGCCACAAGGUUGUCAUCUUCAGUUCCCAAGUCUUUGUCUCAAGGGAGCACAAUGAUUACUGGCACCUCAGUGGUGGGAACAUUGUCGCCAACAGGAUCCCAAAGGAUAUCAUCACUUCCAGGGUCAGUGAUUUCUAGCACUGAAUUAGAAAUAGCACCUUCACCUUCAAUUUCAUCAUUGACUUUUCCACAGUCAGUUUUGAGCACUGCAAUUAAUUCUUCAGUUGAAGGCAUAUCCACCUCAAAUGUAUAUGAAUCAUCUUUAGAAGCCUUCUCCACAUCUGUUGGAACUUUUUCACCAGCUGGCCCCUCCAUGCAGACUAGAAAUAACACUGUUAGUUCAGUUACCAAGUCCAAUGCAAUCAUGGAAAGUGUCGUAACUAAAUCAUCCUUGGCUCCAUCAUUGUACUUGACAUCAUCAUUGCACUUGACGUCAUCCAUGUAUGUGUCUGCAUCUAAUAUAGGACCUGUUUCAUCCUUUUCUUCAUCAUUACCAGCAUCACAAGCAGUUACACUAACCAUCGCACUUUCCAGGAGCACCUCAACGCUAUUAGGACCAGAUGCAUCUUUGUUGUCAUCAGUAUUGGCAUCAUCACAAGCAGUGACACCAACCAUUGCAAUUUCCAGGGGCACCUCAACACCAUCAGGACCAGAUGCAUCUUUAUCAUCAUCAUUAUUGGUAUCAUCACUAACAGUGAUGCCAACCAUUGCAAUUUCGAGGAGCACCUCAACACUAUUAGGACCAUAUGCAUCUUCGUCAUCAUCAUCAUUGGCAUCAUCACAAGCAGUGACACCAACCAUUGCACUUUCUAGAGAUACGUCAACACUGUUAGGACCAGUUGCAUCAUUUUCUUCAUCAUCAUCCUCAUCAUUACCAACGUCACUGGCAGUGACACCGACCAUUGCACUUUCCAGGAGCACCUCAACACCAUUAGAACCAGAUGUAUCUUUAUCGUCAUCAUUAUUGGCAUCAUCACUCGCAGUGACACCAACCAUUGCACUUUCUAGAGAUACCUCAACACUGUUAGGACCAGUUGCAUCAUUUUCUUCAUCAUCAUCCUCAUCAUUACCAACAUCACUGGCAGUGACACCGACCAUUGCACUUUCCAGGAGCACCUCAACACCAUUAGAACCAGAUGUAUCUUUAUUGUCAUCAUUAUUGGCAUCAUCACUAGUAGUGACACCAACUAUUGCACUUUCCAGGAGCACCUUGACACCAUUAGGACCAGAUGUAUCUUUAUCUUCAUCUUUCUUGGCAUCAUCACUAGCAGUGAUGCCAACCACUGUACUUUCCAGGAGCACCUCAACACUAUUAGGACCAGAUGCAUCUUUUUCUUCAUCAUCAUCUAUAUUAUUAUUGACAUCAUCACAAGCAGUGACACCAACUGUCAUAUUCUCUGAGAACACUUCAACAUCUUCAACUCCUUCUAUGGCAUCUCACUUUGAGGUAACGACACCUUUAGCUAUCACAACAGGCCUUCCAUCAAUGUCUACUGUCUCUUUCAGGUCAACCACUGCAAUAUCUUCGUCAAUGAGUACCUCAUUUGUUUCAUCAUCUGUGGUUCCAACAAUGCCACCCAUUCCAACCACUGUACCUCUGAUUAACCAGACAUGUGUUCAUAAUCCUUGUAACAAUGGAACAUGCUUUAGUGAGCCAUACUUACAGUUUGAGUUCCGCUGUGAAUGUUCUUAUCCGACAGUUGGACCUGUUUGUCGUGGUGUAGCUGGUGAGUAGUGAUCAAACUUUUUCUCAUCACUGUUUUGUUAAUGUGGUUUUUUGAAGAGUAAUUUAAACUCUAGACAAAGCUGACUAGCUCCAAGACUAUUUUAGUCAGUCAGGGAUGUUUGCAUUACCUUUUAGGUGUGGAAUCUACAUAUAUGCAGUGUAGUUUCUGUGGUAAAAACUGUGCACAAAAUUUAUCUAAAAGACACCACUUGCAAUAAAAUGUUUAUAAGUAUAAGCUUCAUUUUAAGCCAGCCUUGUCUUAAGCGGAUACUUGACCAAGUCCUAAGCAUUUUCCUUCUGCUUUUACUGUUUGAAAAUGAAAAAGAAUCAGUUGAAACCCCUAUUAGGUGGAUAUAGACACCAAAACUGAAGGCUUUUUCUCUUUACUCAAGAUGAAAUUUUCUUCAGCAGACAGCUGUUCUCUUUAACCUUUUAUAUGCAACUCAUAAGAUUUGAUUGUUUAAUAUUCUCCCCUCUAGUUUCUAGACCUCUCUUUGUGAGGUAGUUACAAGAAUUUAGUGUUAGAUCAAGAUAAAACUUCUACUUGCUUAUUUUGAAUAUUCUCAUUACCUAUUUGCUGAAUAAUGUAUGGAUAUUAUAGGGAGAAAGUGCAAGUUAACCAUAAUACAAUGUAAUAAUAUACAUGAAAAAAUUAUGCACAUCUGAUUGGCUGAAAAUGAGUUGCAUUUUUCAUGUAACACAAGUGCAAAGUUGUAACACAAGUUCAAAGUUGCAACUCAAGUGCAAAUUACAAGUUGUGCACUCUGGAAAAUUUUAUCCAUUUUGAUUUUCUACAAUGUGUUUUUCAUGUCAAUUAACAAGUAACAACAUAAUUUCAAGUGUAAUUUGGUGUAAAUAAGCACUUAUAAAUUUUACAGACUUUGUACUCACUCAAAUGGCUUCUUGCUAUUUUGUCAUCUUUGAAAAAUUUACUCAUGCUUUAUACCACCAAAUUGUAUGCAAAAUCAUUUUGUUACCUUAUAUACUUAAAGGACUAAGAGGGGUUGAGCUUUCGCCUCAGUAAUAGUAACCAAGCUGAUUUAAGCAAGCAUAUAGAAUCAUAGCGUUUUUUUUUUUUUUUCUUUUGCAGAGAGUGAUCUUCACUUCCCAGCUUUUGGAAAGAACUCUUUCCUGGAACACAAGAGUAUAUCAUUUAAUAAUGAAAUCAACAGGAUUGACAUAACAUUCAAGACGAAUGCAUCUGAAGGUCUGCUGCUCUUCGCUGCCGAUUCCAAAAAGCGGGGUGAUUUUAUCCAGCUUCAUGUCACUAGUGGUAAACUUGAGUUCAGAUUUGAUCCUGGUGACAGUUUAGUGUACAUUCAAAGCAACCAAAGAGUGGACACUGGUGAAAUAGUAACAGUCACAGUCACGUAAGUUUUUGUUUCAUGCAGGUAUAUUAUGCAUUCAAGCAAAAAAGGUGAACUCUGCACUAAAGACUUACUCACAUAGCUGCCAGAUUUUAGCCCUGUUUCUGUGGUGAUAAUGACCAGGGUUGGGUUGUUCAAAGCUGGGUUAAGAUAACUCAGGGUUACUGUGAAAUCUGAUUUCAGAUCUGAUAGCUUUAAAAGAAAAUUCAGUCAAAUUCUUUUUGUCUAGAAUAUGAUUAUUUGAUGCUUUAAAAAUAAGACAGGAAAUUAUCCCAAAAAGGCUUUUGAAUAAAGGAAUAAAGAAACCCAGAUUAAAAUUUAACCUUGGAUUACGGCUGAAUGGCCUUCGAACAACUGGGCCCAGGGCUAUUGCUUCUUCUUACCCCUGGAUAUUUGCUAGUUCAUUGCAGGUUACAACACCCAACACCCUUCCACCCCCUUCCCCCCCCCCCCCCCCCAUUCUUCCUGCCAAAAAGAUUUCGUCAGGAUUUCAUUUCCCUAACUAAGUGAGUUAACUGCAGCCAUGUGUACUCCUGGGUGGAGAGAGGCACUGUGGGAAAAAAAGGGUUCCUCAAGAAUACAAAAUGAUGACCAGACCUGGGCAUGACACUCAAAUGUAUUCUGUGGAAUUCUUUCACUCCAAAAAUAAAAUACAAUUUCUUUGAAUUGUGCUCCAUACAUUUCUUACAAUUUUAGUUUGGAGAAUUUUGUAUUUGGUCCAUAAAAACACAAAGAAAUUAACUGGUCAAUAUUUGGUCAUCUUGAUCUCACACUUGGUCUUUAACUAAUGAGUCUUUGUUGGUUUCAGAGCAGUAAGUGACAGAAUGAAGGGUAGAACUGUCUUUUUUUUGUGAUAUUUCAGGUAUGACAGUUCGUCCUCACCACCUUUUGGCACUCUACAAGUUAACAAUGGUGCGCAACUUAUAGGUGUUGUCAAGGGAAGACUCCGGGGAAUACAGUUGUACGAUAACUGGUAUGUAGGAGGUGUCCCACAAGGCUUUGACAUGCGUAGUCAGACAAGAGGUAAUUCUGCCCCAUCAACAUCCUUUGUUGGGUCAAUAAGGGAUGUGCAAGUGAACGGAGAGACAAUAAAUUUAUCAGGUAAGUUAUAUUCUUUGAUAUCUUAGUCAAUGGUUGUGUUAUUUGGUACAAAGGAACUUCUCUGUGAACACCAUAAGGAUAGGAAAAGUUUCUCUGUCAUAAUAUUAUCUUGUUGCUAAAGACAAUAGGAUCAUAUUUUGAUACUCUGACAUGUUUGGGUAUGUAAAUGUGGAGAAUAUUUCCCUUUUUACUUUUCACUGCGUUUCUUGAUGACAACCCCGUAUGCACAUUUCUAAUGCAGCCCAUUUCGAACAGGAUAUCAACCGAAGAUGUACAUAUGAAACGAUUCUGGAAUUUAAGUUAACAUUUUGGGUCAGUUAUUGAAACAAGGCUUACACUUAGUUUAACAAAACUGCGUCCUAAAUAAUCCUCAGUUUAGCUGGACCUUUUAUCUGAACAUUUAUUUUUGUGAACAGUGUCAAGAGAGCCAGAAGCUAGCUGUGGAAGGGAAUUUAUUUAAUUUAAUCAACCCUCUGAUUAGGGCUGGUAAGGUAACACGUCACGUGACCUGACCAAGACUCUGGCGGAGUCGAAAGUUCAUAAUUUUACUGUUUAUGGUGUUGUCAUAAAUUAUAAAGUUCACGUACAUUAAGUUUCUCUAUUAAUUACUGGGCAAACACUAUUUUUAGAUGCUGAAAAUUGGUUCAACAUCAAUGAGGGUGAUAUGCCAGCCUGCCAGAGAAUGCCGUGCCAAAAUAACGGAAAAUGCACAGAAGUUGACGGCAAUGUACUCGAUUACGAAUGUAAUUGCACAGCGGACUAUGAGGGGAGAAAUUGUGGAGUACACAAGGCCUGCAAAUCAGAGAAUUGCAAUGGAGGGGAGUGUAUACCCAAAGAAUCAAAUCCCAACGAUUUCAUUUGUCUGUGUCCUCUGGGUCGAGUGGGUGUGCAGUGUCAAACAGGUAAGGGGGUACCGCUUCCUCAUCGUAGCAGCUAUGGAUUAAUGAUUGUGCAGUGGAUAUUCUCAGAAUUUUGUCAAAAACGAAUGAUUUGAAUUCAUGUAUGCAUGUACAGUGUAACCGUGAGAAAAAUAUUAAUAUGACAAUGAGUUUAGCGGUGGUAAGCAUCUUUCCGCGAAAUCGGGAGGCCGAAGUUCGUUUCUGUGUGGAUAAUUCCGUUUUUUUUCAUUAAUUUUUUGCAUUACUUUCGUUAAAAUUAUACAACAUCCCUCUUAUUCAACUACGUAACUUACGAUUUGCCUUUUUUAUGGCUCUAUUCACGUUUGUGUUUUUCAAAGUACAUUUUUCUGAUUUUUUUUUUAUCUUUUAUUCUCAGUUAUUGACAUAACAGUUCCAUUGUUCACCAUUGUACAAGGCUUCCCAUCAUAUUUAGAGUACCCAGUACCAAAGGAUGCAGUGAACAGCUUUCACGUGACCUUCCUCUUCAAACUCGACAAUUCGUCAAAAUCUUGGAACGAUAGCCUUUUAGUUUACAGCGCUCAGAAUUCCUUUGUAGGGAGCGGGGAUGACUUUUUUGCAAUUGGAUUGAAAGACAACAAGGUCUUACUGCAAUAUAACGUUGGUAGUGGCAGUGCAAAGAUCUACAGCGAACCAGUGGACAUGCGCAGAGAGUGGCAUGUAGUAGUCGCAGGGCGAGAUGGGCGUCAAGGCUGGCUGUAUGUUGACACCCAACCUCGUAAAGAAGGCGAGUCUCCCGCGCCACUUGUGGGACUCAACUUGUUUGAGCCACUUUACAUCGGCGGUAUUCCCAACACACGUCAGCUUCCUAGUACGCUGGAAUUUAAAACUGGAGGAUUUCAUGGUUCUAUAUAUGACGUAGGCAUUAGAUUCGCUAAAGGAACUUCAUUCAUCAAACUCUCAACUUCGACAGGCAUGGCCGACGCAGCUAAUGACUGGGCGGUUGUCAAGGGAAGAAAUGUCGGUAAUGAAAGCUACAACGAAUGUAACACCCUCAACCCGCCAUGCUUCAAUGGAGGAAACUGCACCCAGGAAGGGGCCACAUUUAUCUGUUCCUGUCCAGCGGAAUGGACCGGUUUGUACUGUGGUAAUCAACGCCUGCCAUGUUAUGGUUACAGUCCGUGCGUCAGUGGUUCAUGUCGUCCUGAUGGACUGAACACCAUUUGCGAUUGUCCUUUGGGGAAGACUGGACAAUUUUGCAGUCAAGGUUUGUGAAAUUUUUUUUGUUAAAUUUCGUUAAAUAUUUUGAUUGAUUUAUUAUUUUUUGGCAAAUGGAAGGUGUUUUAGGGAGACGAAUUUUCAGAUAGCCUUAGUCGUGUAUGUGGUUUUGGGGUUUAAAUCUUUUUAAGGCUGGGAAUCCUCUGGCAAUUACCGAGCUGUCCGCGGGCAUUUGAGAUGCUUAGGCCUCAAAGAACUCUGAAUCUCAGGGUGCGGUACUUUUUGGGGAAUUCUAUCACACAUUUAACAUUAAUCUUUCGGAAGGUUCAAUCUACUAAUUUUGCUAACAAUAGCCUCCCCCCGCCCCAGCGCUUACUGCGGUUUAAAUGCUUCCUAACUUCAUGUUUCCUUAAUCAGCACGAUUUAUGAUACGCUUUUUCUUGUUUUCUUACUGCAGACAUCAUAAUCCAAACGCCGCGGUUCCAGAAUUUUUCAUACAUGAUGUUUGCCAAGACAAACAUAAGAUCUACCACACAGAUCACGAUCAGAUUUAAACCGGAAACGCUGGAUGGCAUUCUGUUUUAUGUGUCCCAUGAAGAGCAGAGCACGACUGGAGACUUUUUGUCCAUCAUUCUACACAAUGGGUAAGGUUUUACUUGACCCGCCUUGUUGGCGAUCGGCAGGAACGCGAGUUACACGCGCGCAAGAAAGUUGACUUUCGCGCGUGUGCGUGUUAGUCAUUAGCGCAUGUCUAAUCCGCUCUUAUGAUCUGCUUUUGACAACCAGCGGUAUUUUUGGUUUAGUCUCGUGAUCUCACCUUCAUCCCUCUUUCUGCUAUGUUAGCCUAAUAGGCAGUUAGUAGAGUGUAGGGUUUUGAUCGCACAAACGAGUUAAAAAAAAAAAGAAACUUUUAUUUAAUAAUAAGUACGUUUUUCGCUCAGACUUAAAUUAUGUUAGUAGCAUUUGUUGGGUGAACGACUGUUUUGAAUGACUCUCACUUGUGUUUGUUACAUUACUGAAACUUCUAAUUGAGAUUUCACUCUGUUAUCAUUUCUGAUUCUUUCAAUUUGUUAUUCUUCCAUAAUUUUUUUAGUUUUGUCAAGUUGAGAUAUGACCUUGGCAAGGGCGUCGGCGAGGCAAUGAGUAACGUUACAGUCAGUCUGAACACGUGGUACACGGUCAAGGCCAUACGAAAUGCACAAAAUGGAAGUUUGGCUAUCAAUGAUGGUAACCCUGUGUACGUUACUUCGCCUGGGUCGGCUGUUGCUCUCGACGUUCGGUCCAAUUUCUACUUGGGAGGGGUUCGCAAGUUGUCCAAUGUCAAUCCUAGAGCUGUGGACAACGCGGCGUCCUUUGUACAAGAUUUUUCUGGCUGUAUUGAUUAUUUUGAGGUAGGUUGACUUUUUGAUCGAUGAAAGUGUCAUUUCUUUCUCCUCCUCCCCCCCUUCCUUCCUUCCACGGCCUCUUCCCCGGCGGGUAGCACGCUGGAUUCAAAGUUGAUAGUCAAGAUGAGCUACUUGGCUACACUGCUUACCUUACCUUACUGGGUAAUAGCAAAUCUAUGAAGCUUAUGCUCCAAUUACUUAUUCAUAAUAUUUUUUGCAUGCCCCAACAUCCACCAUCAAAAUUUCUCGUUAUGUUUAAAUCCAUGGUUGUGACGUAGAAAGAAUCAGAGUAGCUUAAAGGUGCUUGGUGUGCACUUUCCGUACGUGUACGUUGUAUUUGUCUUCGUCGCGAGUUUUUUACCCGGAUAUGAUUUAGAUUUUUUAACUUUUUCUUUUAGGUGAAUGGAAUCCUAUAUUUUCAGCCGAAUACUGCUCCAGUAGAAGGAAGAAAUAUUGCUAACUGCCCCGAACAGCAAGUUGCUUAGAUUCAAGUCCUGCUAAGGGAAUGGAAAUUGCCAUGCCGUCCCAGAGGGAGCUAAUCAAAUCUGAUUUUGUACGUCAUUUGAUGUUCAGUGAAAUAUCCGAGUUCCUGUUCCUAACCGAUAUAAACAGCUGUUAUUGUUUGAUUCAUAACUGGAUUCCGAAAAAAGAAUUGCUGUCAAUCUCCGAUGAACGUUUUUUUUUAUCUUCGCAAGUGACAGUGAAGAAGCCAAUCAAAUGAAAUCUUAUCUUCACUCGUGGAAACCAAUGUCGAUAAACGAGGCACGACGCACGAAAAUUGUCGCAUUAGCGAGAAAUGGAACUGCACGUGUGACAGACGAGCGCGUUGCGUGACACGAGAAGGCUUUCAAGAAGCUUAAUAUGAUUUACUGACAGUCUCAAGGGUUUAUGAUAUAGUUGUGACUGUAGUAAAACAAGUCAACUUUAUGGGGUCACAAUUGUUAUCUGCGCAAUGCUCUUAGUCAACGAUGGAGGUCGCUUCGUCAGUAUCAGUAUUGAAAUUAGCCGUGAAGUACAAUUUUUUCUUGAAAUGUUCUAUGACGCUAUGUUGAGUUAUGGCUGUAAAUGCUCUGAAAUUCUGUUUGAAGUUGAACGUAUAAGGAAAAGAAAUUUAAUCGUUAUAAAACUUGGCAUCAAUUAGGACCCAAAAAAAAUCCAGGCUAAACUCCAGCGAAGUAACAUUAUUUGGAAACUUCCCAACUGACUCAGUUCAGACUGGAGUCUUUAACCCUUAAGAUCUCGAUUAUCGGUUGCCUUCUAAAUUUGGGGGAAAGGCACAUGACUGCAAGAGCUGUUUAUUCCGUGCAUUACUGAGAUCAUGGUGCUGUAGGGUCUAGAGCAACACUCUGAUCGUAUAGUAUGAUUUAAACCGUGAUUAAAUGUGCUAUUUUUUCAUUGCGUAAGAAUUACCUCGAUUACGUUUUAAUAUUAAUAUAUGAAGAAUACAUUGAAUAGCUUGCUACUUUACUGCAACUGUACAUAGUUUUUAUUCAGUUGUACAUACAGAUGGUACGUAGCAAUAAAUUUUUUUCUUAGUCGACU